AGAGCUCCAGCUGGUCACAGAGUGCGUAGAACUCCUCCAGACACUUGUCAAAGCGCUGUAUGGGUCCAUCGCUGCUCUUUCUACAGUCCAAGAGAAGAAGCUAUUUUUUGGGCCGCUCCCAUGGCAUAUGGAGGUUCCCAGGCUAGGGGUCGAAUCGGAGCUGUAGCCACCGGCCUACGCCAGAGCCACAGCAACGCGGGAUCCGAGCUGCGUCUGCAACCUACACCACAGUUCACGGCAACGCCGGAUCGUUAACCCACUGAGCAAGGGCAGGGACCGAACCCGCAACCUCAUGGUUCCUAGUCGGAUUCGUUAUCCACUGCGCCACGACGGGAACCCCUAAUCUCCUUUUAAGAUACCCCAAUCUCAGGCCUCUUCACUUGGCACUUCUAUCCUGCCACUCCAGAGUAAUGCCAGCUUCCAUUCCUCUAUAGCAAUAACCACCUGUACGUUCCCGGAGGCCCACUCUCGGUCACCUGGGGUUCUCGCCAAUAACCUCUUGGACAUAACUUGAGUCAUCCCUCACCCACCAGUCAUGGUCACUUUCUGUACAGGCCAGUCCGUUUUUCAGGCUUUCACGACCCGAGCUAGGUUUCUUCUUUAAACUCCCUCCCGCGUGAAUUCUGAUAAAUCCUAGGCUCAAGAUUUGCCCUGAUCCCACCGCACACUGUCAGUUCACAAAGCUUCGCUCUGGCCUCUCCAAUAUCAAGCCUCACUCAUCUUCCUUGCCUAAAUCUCCUUUUGCGCUCUCCUUGACUAAAGAGCCCCGCCAUCCACCCCUAUUAAAUCAGAGAGCCACAUCUCGCUUGCUUCUCGCAGCUCGUGGCCAAUCACCUGCAGACUCUCUUUUAGCUGCGGGAUGAGCAUCUUAUAUCGCUGUACAGGAUCGAAGUCCUGUUGCUGUUGCUGCAAAAGCCCGCCCUGGGCAGGCCCCACCAACUGUGCCUGUGGUUGCGGCUGCUGCUGAGGACCCGAGCCGCCAGCCGAACCCGGACCCGACACACCAGCAGCAGCAGAAGAAGCUGCAGAAGCCUGAGGUUGGGAUGCAGCCAUCUUCCCUGCUUAGCGCGCCGGAAGUGCGUCCAAGUGCUCCUUCCGGGUUUCUCUUUAGCGUCUUCGUCUCUAGGCCCUGUUUGCUUGUUAGCUCCGCCUCCUAGACAAUUCAGCCAAUGGGAGGAAAGAAGCCACCCUCCAACUCUGGAUUCUCAAAGCCGACGUCCAGACCGAGAUACCCAGUCGCCAAUCACAAGAGGCUCUUCCUUCCCCGCUCCGCCCUUACCCGGUCGUUCGCCAAUCCGGGUGUAGAGCCAAUCAGACUCUAUUUCCCAGAAGGCCUUGCGGCCUGAGGCGCUCUGAAGUCCUCGGCGUCUUGGCGGCAGUUGGUGGAGUCGGAGCUCUCACCUCACUCCGACCCUAUUCCUGAGGAGAGCGGCGCCAGCCCGAGCCCUGUCUCGGAUUGGGCGUCCGCCGAGGUCGGCACGCCUCUUCCUGUGGCUCUGUGAGGCUCUCGUCAGGACUGCCGACGCCUUGUCGCCAUGGCGCCCACUAUCCAGACCCAGGCCCAGCGCGAGGACGGCCACAGGCCCAAUUCUCACCGCACUCUGCCUGAGAGGUCUGGAGUGGUCUGCCGAGUCAAGUACUGCAAUAGCCUUCCUGACAUUCCCUUCGACCCCAAGUUCAUCACCUAUCCCUUUGACCAGAACAGGUUCGUCCAGUACAAAGCGACUUCCUUGGAAAAACAGCACAAACAUGAUCUCCUGACUGAGCCAGACCUGGGAGUUACCAUUGACCUUAUCAACCCUGACACCUACCGCAUUGACCCCAAUGUACUCCUAGAUCCAGCUGAUGAGAAGCUUUUAGAAGAGGAGAUCCAGGCCCCAACCAGCUCCAAGAGAUCCCAGCAGCAUGCGAAGGUGGUGCCAUGGAUGCGGAAGACAGAGUAUAUCUCCACGGAGUUCAAUCGUUACGGCAUUUCCAAUGAGAAGCCUGAGGUCAAGAUUGGGGUUUCUGUGAAGCAGCAGUUCACUGAGGAAGAAAUAUACAAAGACAGGGAUAGCCAGAUCACAGCUAUUGAGAAGACUUUUGAGGAUGCCCAGAAAUCUAUCUCCCAGCAUUACAGCAAGCCUCGAGUGACACCAGUGGAGGUCAUGCCUGUCUUUCCAGAUUUUAAGAUGUGGAUCAACCCAUGUGCUCAGGUGAUCUUUGAUUCAGACCCAGCCCCAAAGGACACGAGUGGUGCAGCUGCAUUGGAGAUGAUGUCUCAGGCCAUGAUCAGGGGCAUGAUGGAUGAGGAAGGGAACCAGUUUGUGGCUUACUUCCUGCCUGUGGAAGAAACCCUGAAGAAACGAAAACGGGACCAGGAGGAGGAGAUGGAUUAUGCGCCAGAUGAUGUGUAUGACUACAAGAUUGCUCGCGAGUACAACUGGAAUGUGAAGAACAAGGCCAGCAAGGGCUACGAGGAAAACUACUUCUUCAUCUUCCGAGAGGGGGAUGGGGUUUACUACAAUGAAUUGGAGACCAGGGUCCGCCUGAGUAAGCGCCGGGCCAAGGCUGGGGUUCAGUCUGGUACCAAUGCCCUGCUUGUGGUCAAACAUCGGGACAUGAAUGAGAAGGAGUUAGAAGCCCAGGAGGCACGGAAGGCCCAGCUGGAGAACCACGAACCAGAGGAGGAAGAGGAGGAGGAAAUGGAGACAGAAGAGAAAGAAGCUGGGGGCUCAGAUGAGGAACGAGAGAAGGGCAGCAGCAGUGAGAAGGAAGGCAGCGAGGAUGAGCGCUCGGGCAGUGAGAGUGAACGAGAGGAGGGUGACAGAGAUGAGGCCAGUGACAAGAGCGGCAGCGGCGAGGAUGAAAGCAGUGAGGAUGAGGCCCGGGCUGCCAGGGACAAAGAAGAGAUCUUCGGCAGUGAUGCUGAUUCAGAGGAUGACGCUGACUCUGACGAUGAGGACAGAGGACGGGCCCGAGGCAGUGACAAUGAUUCGGACAGUGGCAGUGAUGGGGGUGGCCAGCGGAGCCGGAGCCACAGCCGGAGCCGGAGUGCCAGUCCCUUCCCCAGUGGCAGCGAGCAUUCUGCUCAGGAGGAUGGCAGUGAAGCUGCAGCUUCGGAUUCCAGUGAAGCUGACAGUGACAGUGACUGAGUCCCAGGGCCUUCAGGGCUGGAGCAGGUACAAUUACUACGCGCAGGAAGGCACUUUUCAAGUGGUCUAUUUGCAAGCUUUCUGCUUUGUUUCUCUCUCCUCCUCCAAACCUUUGCUGUUUAAUAAAGCCACCUUCCUUUACUUCCCCUCCCAGGCACUACAGUCUCCUUCUGCCCCCUCCUCCCACCCCCACCCCCACAGGUGCUUAAGGCACAGAAGCAAAGGCCACAGAGGUAGGGCCACUAGGUUUUCCAUGAAAUGUAGCAUAACAAAGGUCAGAAUCCUUUUUGUUUGUUUGUUUUUUCUUUUUUUCCAAAAUAAGCCCAGACCAUUAAACAAGUGAAACUCCAACAAAUAA